AUGACUAAAAGAAAUAGUUUAACUAUAGGGUCUUUAAAUAUAAACGAUAAAAAUAUAAGCCAUUCCUCUUUGGAAGAAAUAGUAUCUAUUAAAAGUAAUAGUAUAAAUAAUCAUUUCAUUAAAGAACAUAAUACUUCUCUUGAAAAGAUUUUCAUAAACAACAAUAUCGAACCGAACCUUGAUGCCGAGAUACAUAAACAAUUAGAUGGCGCCGAUGAUAGAUCCAUAAAUUCCAAUGCUAUUGAUGACAACAUCAGUGUUUCCGGUUUGACUAAAGAAAAUGAAAAGAAAAAGAAAGAAAUCGUAUAUAGUGUAGAUUAUGUCGAAACUAACCCGCCUGCAGUCCAUUCAGUCUUAAUUCGAUGUAUAGUAUCAUGGAUUUUUGGUUUGAUUGCUGCUGCUUACUCUUCUCUUGCAGCUCCAUACAUGUCAUUUGUUUGUGGUCUUGUCUAUUACAAUCUCUACCGAAUGUCUAACAAUACUGGACGUUUGCUAUUACCACCAGUCUAUACCAUCAUGAUGAAAACCAUCCAGAUUGCACUUGAUCUAAUAUGUGUAAGAUGUGCUCAUUCUGCAUCCAAUCUAUUUCUUUUCGUCAGUAGAAUUAUUGCUUCGUACUACUCGUUCGCAGUACUUAGUUUCAUUCACAAUCCACAAGCACUCAUCUCUGUAGUUCUUUCAAAAGUGGGUCUGCAUAUAUUUCUUUCAUUGUUCAUGGUUUUCCCAAGCAUAGAGGCGAGUAUAGUAAGUUGGCUACCUCAAAAACUGAUAAAGUGGAAGAAAGAGUUUGAAAAAGGCGUACAAGAUGCAGACGAAGAUAUUAUCCUUAUUAAAAACGAAUACGACAGAAUGUCAGUGGAGAAAGAACCACACUAUGUGCGUCUACACAUAUCAGCUACCAACCUAUCGUUUUCAAUGGUUUGUGAUCUAAUAUCUAUUGUUAUGUUGUACAGUUUCUAUACAUUUGGUAGAUAUGGACCAGCUAACUCUCAUUACAACGAACUUUUUCCUUUCGAGAUCCAAGAGCACUUUAAUAUAUUUUUUAUAUUCCUUGCUAUUUGCUUUGCUACACUUUCAUUCGGAUACAUAGUAAUCAUGGUCAUUCUGAAUUAUAUCAUCAAAGAACUUGAACUAAAACGAGUUCUUCAUCUUCUAUCGGUCAAUUGGUAUCCAAUGAGAAACUUUUAUAUUAUGUGCGUUAAUUUUAUGAUGUCAUAUGAUUAG